AUGCCCAUCCUACCGGAGCCCCCUCUACCUCCGGGACUCAACCUUGAGGAAACGAAGGUCCCGUCUCUUGUGUCUGGAUUUGUUGUAACCUGGGUGCUUGGAUUGAUAUGUGUGGCACUUCGACUCUCUGCUCGAAGGCUAAUCAACAAUAAUUUGUGGUGGGAUGACUGGCUCAUUAGUGUUUCACCAGUAUUUUCAGCAGGCUUCAUGCUUGACGUAUUAUGCUACAUGACUAUGAGGGGUGGCUUCGGCAAGCACAUCUGGGCAGCCCCAAAAGACGGAAUCAGAGUCUACUUCAUAGGCUUAUUUAUUGCUCAACACUUCUACACAGUCACCAUGAGUUUGAUCAAAUGCUCAAUCCUCGCUUUUUACUGGCGUCUCUUCAACCCCCGGCGUUCUACGCGACGGCAGAUUUGGAUACUAUUCUCCGUUGUUUGUGUCUGGGGGGUUACUAGCUUUCUCCUGACCAAUUUUCAAUGUAUACCAAUAGCAGCCUUCUGGCGCAGAUUCGACCCAAACGACAACAUCACCAAGGAUUCAUACGUCUGCCCCAUCAGAAUCCAUCACUUCUUUAUUGCAACGUCGAUUCCGAACAUCACCACCGACAUCUUCAUGCUCCUCAUUCCGCUGCCAUGCAUUUGGAGCUUACAGUUGUGCCGGCCGCAGAAAAUUGCGCUCCUCGGCAUCUUUGCAUUGGGUCUUUUCAUCACUGCGAUAUCGUUUAUAAGGCUAUCUCACACGCUUAGCCUGAACUUUAAGAGUAUGGAUGUUACGUGGGAUUUUACAGAGGGAAUGCUGUGGACGGGUAUCGAAGUCAACGCGGGCAUCGUUUGCGCCUGUCUUCCUUCAUUAGCACCAAUGGUCAAUUUCUUUAUCUACAAGACCGUCUCGGGAAGCUCACUACACCAUACGUCUGGAGCACAAUCUGGUACUACUACUGUAGGUGGUCUCGGGGAGUUUCGGGGCGUAUCGCGAUUUGAUUUGUCUACCGGCGAGUCUGAUACGAGGCCGGAUACUGAACACGAGUUUGAGUUGGUUCAGAUUGACGAUGAGAGUCACAACGGAACCGGUUCACGGCGGCGGCCGUUGAGUCAAGUUAUAGUGACGAAAGAAUUUGAAUUUCAGGUCGACUAUUACAAGUAG